AGCCCUUCAACGGAAUCGCCAGUUCCUUAAUUCAAGAUGACGAAGGGUACCUCCAGCUUUGGCAAGCGCCACAACAAAACCCACACUCUCUGCAGGCGUUGUGGCAAACGCUCCUUCCACAUCCAGAAGUCGACUUGUGCCAACUGCGGUUACCCUGCCGCUAAGACUCGCAAGUUCAACUGGAGCGAGAAGGCCAAGCGCAGAAAGACCACCGGUACCGGCCGCAUGCGCCACCUCAAGGAGGUCCACCGCCGCUUCCACAACGGCUUCCAGGUCGGCACCCCCAAGGGCGCCAAGGGCCCCGAGAGCGCCUAGAUUUAUUUCCGACUGUCGCGGUUUCGUUUCGUUCUCGGAGGCUGGAGCAGGGCUGGUAUGACAGGGCCGGGCAUUUGACGACAUGAACGGGUCGCAAUGCUAGGCGGAAAUAAAAGACGCUUUUCCCCCGUGGAGUUGGUGGUGGGACGGUCUUUUUUUUCAUCUUUGCCGUCAUAGCAUUUCUAUUCUAGAGAAACAGAAAAAUGGCAUAUAUUGACGACAAAAUGAAAAGAUGGAAAUCUCUCUGAG